UAUGUCACUGUGAUCGGAGCUUCUAUACACAAUCUCUGGACUCUUUCACCAGUAUCUUCCCAAAAGGAAAUCCGAAAAAUGAAGCUGAGUUUUCACUGCAGAACUUUGCCACCUGGUUUGAAGUUUUAUUUCUUUGUUUUACUUCUUCAUCCUGUUUCCACACAAAGAAACAUAAAUCAGAUUUAUUUCUUGGAUAUAAAAGAUAACAUUGAGUUAAAAGGACUAGACAGUCCUGGGAAUGGCCAAUUUGUCUGGGAAUGGAAACCACACUCAGGGCAGCACACCCACCUGUUGGGGCAAUUCCACAGAGGCAAUUCAGGAAGGUGGAAUAGCCGCUGGAACAAUAAAUGGAGAAGCAGUGACUUCCAACAGGAACUGAGUUUGGAUAAUCGUAAUGUUGGUCUGAUAAUUAAAAUACCCAAAUUUAAAUUUGCGGGAUUGUUCACUUUGACUCAAACACAGCCGACAAAUCAAAUCCUGAGACAAUAUGAAUUAUUUGGAAUCAAAGUUAAGGUGAGUCCACAGAGACCUGUGGAGGGCAGUGACGUCACCCUCAGCUGUACCAUCUCCAGACUCCCGGAUACCGUCAGUCUCCACUGGAAACCAGUCAGCUCAUCCCAGCAGAACAGGAGAAACACUGAUCAGAUCCGGCUGAAUAACACCGUCUAUCUGAUGGUCCGACACGUUACAGUGGAGGAUGAGAGGUUGUAUCAGUGUGAAGUGCGGGAAAACGGAAACGUUGUUCUCACAAGCAAAGCAGAUUUUACUGUAGACAUGUAUUUAUAUCAGGAGCAUUACACCCUUUAUCGUCCCAGCACAGAUUACAGUGAAUUCCACCUGGUUUGCUAUUCUCGUUAUGUUAAGUACUUUACUGCUGUGUGGAACUGGAAGUCACAUCAGCGACAGGACCACCAGAAACAAAUAGCAUCUGUAAAAUAUUCUGAGCCCAUCAACGUCAGUCGCACCGACCUUGGGAAUCGACUGGUGGCCUUAGUGGAACAAUUCAAUGGCAAGAAUUUCAGUGUGAGGAUUGCCCCGGUUUUGUUUGGAGAUGCUGGAGUUUACACAUGUUCUCUGGAAUUAACAGCAUUUCUGACCAUUGAGUUAAUCACAGUGAAAGUCACUGCUGAACCGUCUGAUACAGUGACUGAGGGAGACACCGUUACCCUGAGCUGCUCUGUGUCUGAUGUUACUGCAUCAACGAGACUGGUUUGGAUCAAUGGAGACGGUGAAACUGUUGGAGAAAAAACACUGAAAGGAGAAGAGGGUUCACCAAGUCUGAUCAUACAGAAAGCUGAGAGAGGCAGAGGGAAAUGGACGUGUGGUGUGUUUGAUCAAGACAGGCUCCUGAUUAUCAUCCCAUAUUAUCAGGAGCUCAGUGGAAUUGGGAAUUCUAUUUACUUUUUCCAUCAGGAAGGGAACUUUGUAUUGAAGGGACCAGACAAUCCUGGAAGUGACUCCAUUGAUUUGGAGUGGAGUCCACACUCAGGGCAACAAACUACAAAGCGAUUGGCCACUUUUCACAGAGAAGGUCAGCGGUGGACCGUACAAUGGAGUGAUGAGUUCAGUCAAAUACCAGACAUUUCCCAGAGGUUGCAUGUGGACUGGGGAACCCUUAAUCUGAAAAUCAGGAAACCUACUUUUGAAUUUGCAGGACUGUUCACCUGGAAUCAGACACAGACCACUGGGAAAAUCCUGAGGCAGUGGGAAGUAUUUGGGAUCAAAGUUGAGGCCGACUCACAAAGACCUGUAAUCGGCAGUGACGUCACCCUCAGCUGUACCAUCUCCAGACUCCCAGAUACCGUCAGUCUCCACUGGAAACCAAGAGGCUCAUCUCAGAGGAACAACAACACUGAUCAGAUCCACCUGAAUAACACCGUCUAUCUGAUGGUCCGACACAUUGGAACAAGAGAUCCCAGUCUCUACACAUGGGAAGUGCAGGAAAAUGGCUCCAUUGUUCUCACUGGAGACACCAAUGUUGCAGUGGAUGAGGAUCUACACAAUAAGACGUACACAAUUUAUCGGGCAGGUAUAGACCACAGUGAGCUCACACUGAUUUGUGAAAGUUAUUCCGAGUUACAUAAAACCAAAUGGAUUUGGAAAUCACACCUUUUCCAGAAUCGGGUGAUGGAAGUAGCUACCAGCUACAAAUCUCAGCUUAUCUACAUCAGUGGGAGGAGCUACUUCAAGAACCGACUGAGAACUACAGAGGAAAAUCUGAAUGUCAGUAAUUUCAACGUGAGGAUUGUUCCUGUGCAGUUUGAAGAUGCUGGAGUUUACACAUGUUCUCAGGGAUCACAUCAAUAUGUGGCCAUUGAAUUAAUCACAGUUCGAGUCACAGCUGAACCACCCAAUGCCGUGACUGAGGGAGACUCUGUUUCCCUGACCUGCUCGGUGUCUGAGGUCAGUGAAUCAAUGAGACUGGUUUGGAUCAACAGUGCUGGUGAAACUGUAGAUGAGAAAAUAUUCAUGGAACAGAAGAAUGAAGGUGAAUCUUUGCAGCUGAUUAUUCCAACAGACGAUAAAGUCCAAAGAAAAUGGAUGUGUGCUUUGUUUCAUCAAGACAGACCCAAGAUUUUUAUUCUGCAUCAUCUUCAGGUGAACAAGGAUCGCAGUUUUAAACACACCACUGUUGUAAUUACUGGUGGACUGGCCCUUCUCCUCAUCAUUAUUCUGGUGAUGGUCUUGUGUCUAAGAAAGUACAAGGAUACAGGUUUGGGAAAUCAAAGCCAAAAAUCACAACAGCCAAAGAGGAAUAUAGAAGAUGACUCUAACCUGUAUGCAAAUCCAAACGAAAUGCAUCCAAUACAAGGAACGAAUGCGAUGCCAGAGCCUGAGACCAGCCAUAUUGCUGAAUAUAUGUCUGUGAGCAGGAAGGCAGUACAAAAAGACACAGAGGAAAAUAUUCAUUAUGGAUCCAUCUGCUUCAAGGAAAAUGCUCCAGGGGAGAGACAUGCCACACUAUCCUCCAAUCAAGUGUCAGAUACUAACCUGCCUUCUUCAAAUGACAACAUCUCAUCUGUUGUCUAUGCACAGAUAACAAAAAACAGAAAUGAAUAAUCUGCUGACAACAGAUUGGAAUGGCUUGGAGUCGAUAUGUGGAAAACUUUCAUCAUCUGUACUUCUUUAUUUCUGGAUGCUUGUUUCACUCACUAUGAACUGUUGGAAGACUGCAGAAUGACCAGCAGGGCCUGAUCCACACAGGUGCAAACAACAAUAGACUAAUAUCAACUGAAGAUGUUUCUUGUCAAGAGAAUAGAUCUAGUUUGCAUCUCUAUGGGCUUGUUUGGCUAGAAUGACCUAUUAUCAUCUCUGUCUCUGGAGGGAUGGAUGGAUGAUAGAUCAAACCUGUUCCUCAGAAGGCUUCAAAGCCAAUAAUUUAUUUGAUAAGGGCUGAAACUUGUUGAUUAUUGUGGACAAUGUGAUUGCUUUUUUGCCUACUGUACAAUCCCAUGCCCAACGUUUUGGUUUUGCUAUCAAAUGAAAGCAGAUCUACGCAUUUGAAACUAUUAAUUUUUCUGCACUCGCGGGCUGACAAGUUUGCACUUCUGGAUGCGGCAGUUCAGAAGAUACUGAUAAAUAUUCAGUAGGAAUUCUGUCUUUGCAGUCUGAUGCUGGAAGCCUCCUGGUGACAUGAAGCCUCCUGCAGCGGUUCUCCAACAUUUAGGGUGGGAAACCACAAGCACAGCCAACACCAGGAUUAGACAAAGAGACAAGAGACUGCAGGUGCUGGCUGCAGGGUUUUAACCUGAGACAUUGACAAUUCUAAAGUGGAUACAACUCAUGGAUAAUCAUGAUGAUCUACCUAAGAAGAAGGAAGAACAGGAAAUAAUGUGAAUUGUCAUUUCUGAGAAUCUCUUGCACUUUCUUUCAAUGCCAAUAAGGGAAUACAGGACAUCAGGUUCAAUUAUUUUGUGGCUCUGUAUCACUUUUUUUUUAAAUCUUGGCACCAUGAAGUAAAUUUUACCGCAGGAUUUCCUCAGACUCAUUCCACUCUCUCCAGGUCCUUCCCUUUACCCUUUGGUUUACUCUUGUGAGUGCUUCACCAUCCAAAAAUAACCCCCUUCAGAAUAAGAAUCAGAUCCAAUGUCACUAGCAUACGUCAGGAAAGGGAAGUAUGAUAUGGAGGGCAAGCUGUUGCCAUGUUGUCUGUUCCCCCUCUCCACACAGCUGAUGAAUCCCAAGGAAUGGCAGAGACAGAUACUGUUUAGCACCAGCAGUAUCACAGGAGUUUUCAGUCAGCAUUGAACUCAACUUCGGAAUACCUUAGGGACUUCCGCUCCAGAUUUUUCCUUGGGGUUUACUUCCAAAGUUUUCCCCAUGAAUGGUGUAGCUGAAAAGGCAGUGGAGGUUUGAGAUCAGUUUUCCUUCUCCUGGAUGAGCCGCCAACCAUGGCUGAAGCCCAAUUUGUUCAAAAUGACUGGCAGUGAGAUCUUAUCCCAGUGAUAACAACCUUCAGGAACCUACAUUGCAAGACAAAGUAAUAAAAAUUUUAACUUAAAAUAAAUAUAUAUAAAAUAAACUGAAUAAUUUGGGCAAAUAGAGAUGAAAAAUACUGAGGAAGUGAGCCUGGGUUUAUUGUCCAUUCAGCAAUCUGAUGGUGGAUGGAAAGAAGCUGUUCCUGAAAUAUUGAGUGUGUGCCUUCAGGAUCUUCUAUCUCCUCCUUAAUAGUAGCAAUGACAAAAGGACAUGUCCUGGGUAGUGGGCUCUCUAUACUGUUUUGCUUGUCUGAUAGAAAAGUCUUUCUGGCUACUUACUCUGUGAGAUAGGGCCUCUCAGUGGGUUAAAAAAAAAAUACCUGCCGUUCUAUCCUGUUCACAUUUAAUUUGUUUUCCCAACUCACCUGCCUCCCUGUGACUUCUAUCACUGUUAUUGAUCACUGGCCCUACUGAUCACCAGGGUCAUUUUCCUUGUUUAGCUCAUCAUUCAUUGUGAGAGGGAGAGAUUAGUUUGAUUUGUCACAUGUGCAACAAGCAUUAAAAAUGCGGUGAAAUGCGGUUUUUCGAGUAGUUUGCGAUGCGCUGUGGCAGCAUGUUAGUGUUGUCAUGCUUUUGGAGCCAACACAGCAUGCCCACAACUCACAAACCCGAACCCGUACAUCCUCUGCACGUGUGAGGAAACAGGAGCAGUCAGAGCAUCUCAACGCGGAAUGUGCAGACAGCGGCGGGAAUCGAAUCGAAUCAGGAUCUCUGGCGUUGUAAAUCGAUAUAUUAACCGCUAUGCUACCACGGGGACCGAGUUGUGCACCAGAGUGGAGCUGAGAUCACACCCAAUGUGGACAGAUUUCUGCUGGGACGUGUUAAGCCCUCGCUCCCCGAUUUCCUGAUCGCAGUCACUGAGUACAGUAUCCCUCUCCUGCACCUCUCGCCCGCUGCUCCUUCCAGCUGAACACGAUUGGGAGACUUACACAAAGUA